GAGUGCAGUCGAAAGGCGUCCGCAAAGUCUCGCGAAUCUCGCGUGUCUCUGGAACAAGAAGAAGAUCGCAAGCAAGGCCAGAAGUGAAAGACGCAGUUCCGUUUCAAUUCCAUAAACUAAAAGUUACGUUUCCGUUAAAUAAACAAAAUUUGAAUUAAAACACAUAGAAUUGUCAAAGGAAAUUGCAAAUUCAUGUAAAAUCAGUGAUUUAAAUUUGAAUUUGUUUACAUACUGGGAUUUUAAUUAAUAAAUUAAUUAUAUUGUGUUUUUAUUGGGAAAAUAUUGAGGACGGUACAAAGUGUUUUGCAAAAUGGCGCCGACAAUGUCACCGCUCUUCCUAGCUGAAGUUACCAAUGAGAACGAUGAUGCACUCCUACAAGACAAACCAUUUUUAACGUAUCCUGGACACAGCAACAAGUUAUCAUCCAACAAUCAACAAAAUUCGCAGCAAUAUAAAUGGGAUAUUGUUUGGAGAAAUGUUUUUGGCAUGAUUUACCUGCACACAUUUGCUUUUUAUGGAAUUUACUUGUUUUUCGCGGUUGUACAAUGGAAAACUGCAUUUUUUGUGUCUGCGUUGAUUCUAAUGUCUGGUAUUGGCAUAACGGCGGGUGCACAUAGGUUAUGGGCACAUCGAUGCUACAAAGCAAAAUGGCCGUUGCGUGUUUUACUUGCGAUUUGGCAGACUAUGGCGUUUCAGAAUCACAUUUACGAAUGGGUGAGAGAUCAUCGAGUUCAUCAUAAAUUUACCGAUACUGAUGCUGAUCCACAUAAUGCUCAAAGAGGAUUUUUCUUUUCACAUAUGGGUUGGUUGCUUGUUAAGAAACACAAAGACAUCACGAUAAAAGGGAAAUCAGUAGAUUUGUCCGAUCUGCUUGAGGAUCCGAUUGUGCGCUUCCAGAAAAAAUUCUACUUAAUUCUAAUGCCAAUUUGUUGCUUUGUGCUACCAACAUUAAUUCCAUUCUAUUUGUGGAACGAGGAUCUGUUUGUUUCGUGGUACGUUUGCGCAGUAGCAAGAUACACAUUGACAUUGAACGGAACAUGGUUGGUAAACAGCGCUGCACAUAUUUAUGGACUCAAACCUUAUGACAAAACUAUGAGUCCAUCGCAAAAUAAAUUCGUGGCUGUAAUGGCGUUCGGUGAAGGAUGGCACAACUACCACCACGUUUUCCCAUGGGAUUACAGGGCGUCCGAAUUCGGCUACCACAUUAAUAUAAGCACGCGCAUAAUUGAUUGGUUUGCCAAGAUUGGCUGGGCUUACGACCUCAAGACCGUCUCUAAGGAGCUGAUUGAACGGAGAGUUGCUCGAACCGGAGAUGGCUCUCGACAAGAGGGUCGAAACGAUGGCAAAUUGUACGAAAAUCAGAAACAGGAGAAUCGGCGAAAAAAUCAAAACGUGCAUCAUAAGCAUUGCGAUGGCGAGGAGAUAUGGGGAUGGGGUGAUAAGGAUAUUAGCGAAGAGCAUUUAAAAUACGCACAAAUCACCAACACACUAGGUUAAGACAAAAUGAAACCUUUUUAAAUAUAUUUUUACAACAAUGUUAAACAUCAUGUAUAGAAUUUUUAUUCUUAUUUAGAAAACUUGGUUUAUUGUUAAAAAGGACUUUAAUUUGUUGAUAAUUUUAUUAUAGAAUAAAACAUGUUAAUGUUAUUUAAUAAAAGAAAUAAUGUUUAA